CAAUGUUUACUAAACUGUCAGCCAGCCUCCAGUUGGAUUUUUACUUAUUUAUUUAAAAAUGAAGGGGAGUCAAACGAAACAUUUCAAUCCCAGUCCAAACGGGUACAAAACUCGUACAAAUGAUAGAAUCAGUUCAUUUUGGGAAAAGCAAUCACCUGUCGGCUGUCUCUAUACAACUGGUGGGGUUGUGUGAGCUGUUUGUUUGGAAGACACGUACGUGGCCGGGUGGGUCUGAUUGUUAUCAAUUAAGAAUCAGUGAUCAGAGGUCAGUUUUUGGGACAGCUGGGAUUUACUGAGGAUCUGAGAAUGCUGAAGGCUGUUAUUUUGAUUGGGGGACCUUUGAAAGGGACACGAUUUCGUCCACUGUCGCUGGACAUUCCGAAGCCCCUCUUCCCCAUCGCGGGUCGUCCAAUGAUCCAGCAUCACAUCGAAGCCUGUGUAAAGCUGAAAAACCUCACAGAAAUCCUGAUAAUCGGCUCUUACAAUGCCAGCGAACUCCAGAAUUUUGUUCAGCAGAUGAUGGAUAGUUACGGAAUAAGCAUACGUUAUCUCCAAGAAUUCACAGCCCUCGGUACUGCCGGGGGAAUGUAUCACUUCAGGGAUCAGAUAAGGGCCGGUGGUCCCGAGGCAUUCUUCAUAAUGAAUGGUGACGUUUGUGCGGACUUUCCACUGGAGGAUAUGGUGGAUAUGCACACUAACAAUUCAGCUGUACUGAGUGUUAUGGCGACCGAGGCAACCAGACAACAGUCACUGAAUUAUGGUUGCAUAGUUACCAGUAAAGAGGACUGCAGACAAGUUGUUCAUUACGUGGAGAAACCUUCAACGUUUGUCUCGACACUCAUCAAUUGUGGAGUUUAUCUAGCUUCUCUGGAUAUUUUUCAGUUUAUGGCGGAUGUUUUUUAUGCCAGACAUAAGCAGGAUAAAUCAAUGCAAGUUAAUGGAAAUGGACGAGAUCCUGCCUACAUUUCCCUGGAACAAGACCUCCUCACUCGACUAUCAGAAACUGGAAAGCUCAGUGCCUUGCAGACGUCGAAUUGGUGGUCGCAGGUUAAAACAGCUGGUGCAGCUAUCUACGCAAAUCGUCAUUAUCUGGCGCUAUACCGAUCAAAGGCGCCAGAACGUUUAGUAUCACCAGCGAGUGAGAAAUGUCAUAUAAUAGGAGAUGUUUUUGUUCAUCCCAGUGCUGUUGUUGAUCCAGCUGCCACGUUGGGCCCCAACGUAAGCAUCGGACCAAACGCUAGGCUGGGAGCUGGUGUGAGAAUACGUGAAUCCAUUGUCCUCGAAAAUUCACAGAUCCAAUCUCACUCGAUGGUACUACACAGCAUAAUAGGACGUGGUAGUAUUGUCGGGGAAUGGGCGAGGGUUGAGGGUACUCCAUGCGAUCCAAAUCCCGAUAAACCAUUUGCAAAAAUGGAAAAUCCUCCAUUGUUCAAUAUCAAUGGAAAACUUAAUCCAUCAAUUUCAAUAUUGGGCACGAGUGUAACACUCGCUGCUGAGAGAAUUCUCCUGAAUUCAAUCGUGCUGCCGCAUAAACAAUUGACCAGAGAUUUUAAAAAUGAAAUUAUUCUCUAAGAGUCUAGUAGAAUUGUUCUUCCUCAAAAUUAUUCCGGCAUAAUUAACGGAAAAUAAAUCGUUUUGUAAAUAUUUGUUUCCUUGGAAUGGGGAAGAAAAGAGAAUUUUUUACCGAAACAUUCGCACAAAGUUUGUAUUAUGUACGAAUAAUUUUACAAUGAAUUUUAAACAUAAUAAUAUAUGAUAUACAUUGGAUAGUUUAUAAUUUAUAAAACUAUUUGUGUAGUAAUCCUUUAAGGGAAAGAAUGGGACGAGGGACGUUUGAUCUAGCAGUCGUUCAAUGACUUUGGCGUAUAAAUUAUAUUGGCACACAAUAAUUUAAUAAAAAACCUAGUCAUUAAUGAUCAGCAUAAAUGUUGUGGUAUGAAAAAGUGAACGACUUCCCCUCCAGAUUAUCAUGCAACUGAUAAAACCAAUUAAAAAGCUGAGAAUGCCAACUGGAAUGUUUGUAAAUAAAUUUUUCAAUUGAAUAAAAAUUCAAUUGGAACAAAAACCUUUUCGAAUGACUUUUACAUAAAAUUUACUAUCGUCUCCAUAACUAGGCAAUUGAUGUGAUUAAUUUAUUGGCUGAUGAUGAUACCUAAGCAAUAAUAAAAACUGGAAAAUUGAUAAUAAAGCGAGAAACCCGAAAGGGAAAACGAAAAGCAA